AUGGCAUGAGAGGCUGUGUCAUGUGAACUUCCCUAUGCUGCAGAAGUUGGUGAAGGAUGGGAGCCUGAAGGGCUUGGAGGUGAAAGGGGGAGUGAAGGAGAUUGGGAGCUGCCCUACAUGCUUGGAGACCAAGUUCUCCAAGUUCCCCUUCAACAGCACUACAGGACCAGCCAAGACCCCACUUGCACUUGUGCAUAUGGAUGUGGUGGGGCCCACAAGAGCCCCUUCCCUCUCAGGCAGCCGCUAUUUCUUGACAAUUGUGGAUGACCACACUCGGGCAGUGUGGGUUUACCCUUUGAACAGCAAGGGGGAGGUGGCAGCGGCUGUCCUUAAGGAGUGGAUGCCUAGAGCUCAGAGGGAAUGCGGACACAAGGUGAAGGUGAUCCGCAGUGACAAUGGUGGGGAGUUCAUUGGAGCUGAUUUUGAGGGGGAGUUGAAGAGGAAGGGGAUCCAGCAUCAACUGACAGUGCCCUACAACCCGCAGCAGAAUGGCGUGGCUGAGAGGUUCAACAGGACCCUGCAGGAGGGGGCACGCACUCUCCUUGGGCGUGCAGGGCUGCCUGAUCCGUUUUGGGUGUCUGCACUGAGGCAGGUCGCCCUUGUGAAGAAUAGGGUGCUGGCUACAGUUGGAGAUAAGGAGUGGAUCCCAUAUGCCAAGUGGUAUGGGAGUGCUCCAGCGGUGAACAUGCUGAGGGCAUUUGGGUGCAUGGUGGUGUUUCAUGUGCCCAAGGAGAAAAGGGGGAAGUUGGAGGCUUCUGGAAGAUGGGGUGUGCACUUGGGGAUUGCAAAGGAUCACAAGGGGUGGCUGCUAUGGGACCUGACCACCCAGAAGCUGACAGUGUCAAGGGAUGUGAAGUUUCUUGAGUCCCUGUACUAUAAGGAAUGGAAGCAGCAGCAACAGAAGCUUCCAUCUACACCGCUCAUUGUGGAGGCAGAUGAGGUGCAGCAGCCUUCAAGACAGGUGGAGGUUGCAGUGGCAGAGGAGGAGAUGUCUGGGGUGACUGAGGAAGGGGGAGCAGCUGAAGUAGAGCAGCAGCAGCAGCAGCAGCAUGAGUCUCCACCUCGAGUUCCACACCCGCCUGAGCGUCCUAGGAGGGAUGUGCGCCCUCCUGUGAGGCUGACCUAUGGGGGAAGAGGCAAGCCGAAUGUGGUGCAGGCUGGGAGUGUGGUUGAGCAGAUUGAGGAAGAUGAGAUCGCUCACUGCUACUGGGCACCAAUCCCUGAGUACAUGGCCUUACACCAUGGGGCCAAGGAAGUAGUGUGGCUAAGGCGUUUGUUGGAGGAGUUGGGAGUUGGUCAGGAGAAGCCGACAGUUGUGUUUUGUGACAAUGAGUCCGCUGUGAAGCUCGCCAAGAAUGCUUGUCUGCAUGGGCUGACAAAACACAUAAGGCCUAAGUGGCAUUGGGUGAGGAGAAUCCUUGAUAAGGAGGUGCGGCUGGAGAUAGUGAAGACCCAUCAGCAGGCAGCAGAUAUUUUCACUAAGCGUCUGGCGGAGGCGGAUCAUUGGAAGGGCAUGAAGCUUGCUGGGAUGAGUGUGCAUUGAGUAUGCAUGCUUGAGAUGUGGU